CGGCCGCUCCGCUUUUCUGGGUGAUGUCGGCGAAGCGGCGGUGGAUUGCAGGCUCAGGCCGUGCGGGCGCGGCGCGGCCCGCGGCAUCCGGAAGACUCCAUUGAGAAUUGGAGUGUGACAAGUUAAGAGGAGAAAAGAAGUUGUUCCUUCCAUUCCAUGGAUCCCUUGGGUGCUCCUUCCCAGUUUGUGGAUAUUGACAGUCUGCCAGGCUGGAGUAAUGUCCGUGAGGCUACCCAGGUGGAUUCUUACCAAAAUCCUGUUGAAAAAGCUCAAGUCGAUGUUAGGUCACCCUUUCCAUACAGGAAAGACCUCAAUGCAAAAAUUGUCUUGUGGAAAGGAGACGUAGCGUUACUGAACUGUACAGCCAUAGUGAAUACAAGUAACGAGUCUCUCACCGAUAAGAACCCAGUAUCUGAAAGUAUUUUCAUGCAUGCUGGGCCUGACCUGAAGGAUGAACUUCAGAAGCUCAAGGGAUGCAGGACAGGAGAAGCUAAACUCACCAAAGGAUUUAAUUUGGCUGCACGCUUCAUCAUUCACACAGUUGGACCCAAAUACAAAAGUCGUUAUCGUACAGCAGCUGAGAGUUCUCUGUACAGCUGCUACCGGAAUGUCCUGCAACUUGCAAAGGAACAGGCAAUGUGCUCUGUAGGAUUUUGUGUCAUUAAUUCAUUGAAAAGAUGCUACCCCUUGGAGGAUGCCACCCACAUAGCACUGCGCACAGUUAGAAGGUUCCUGGAGGUUCAUGGGGAGACUCUGGAGAAGGUUGUGUUUGCAGUCUCUGAGCUUGAAGAGGCCACUUACCAGAAGUUGAUGCCUCUGUAUUUUCCAAGAUCUUUGGAAGAAGAGAUACAAUCCUUGCCUUACCUCCCUGCAGAUAUUGGUAAUGCAGAAGGGGAGCCUGUAGUACCGGAACGGCAGAUCAGGAUUACUGAAAAGCCAGGUGUUCCAGAUGAUGCUUCAGAUGAAGAGGGGCUGGAGGCAGAUUUGUCUUUCAUUGGUUCCCAUGCUUUUGCCCGCAUGGAGGGAGAUGUUGAUAAACAGAGACGCCUCAUCCUUCAGGGACAGCUGUCAGAGGCAGCACUGCAAAAACAGCACCAGAGGAAUUACAAUCGUUGGCUGUGUCAAGCAAGAGCUGAAGACCUCUCUGACAUUGCUUCCCUUAAAGCCUUGUACCAGACAGGUGUGGAUAACUGUGGUCGCACAGUGAUGGUAGUUGUUGGAAGAAAUAUCCCUGUAACAUUGAUAGACAUGGAAAAAGCUCUUCUGUAUUUCAUCCACGUCAUGGAUCAUAUUGCAGUUAAGGAAUAUGUGCUAGUGUAUUUCCAUACACUUACAAAUGAUUACAAUCAACUAGAUUCUAAUUUCUUGAAGAAACUCUAUGAUAUUGUUGAUGCCAAGUACAAGAGGAAUUUGAAGGCAUUAUAUUUUGUCCACCCAACAUUUCGUUCAAAGGUCUCAACAUGGUUUUUCACUACCUUUACUGUCUCAGGGCUAAAGGACAAGAUCCACUAUGUGGAAAGCCUUCAGCAGUUAUUCACAGCCAUACCUCCAGAACAGAUUGAUCUCCCUCCUUUUGUUCUUGAGUAUGAUGCCAGGGAAAACGGGCCUUACUAUUCUUCGUAUCCUCCAUCCCCUGACUUGUGAUCUGCAGUCCUGCAAUGCUGUUGGUUUCCCAUGGAUCCAAUGACCUGAUGUCUGCCAAAACCUGUGCAUUUGCCCACAGAAUUCAGAGAGAGGGUUUUCCUUCCCCAGCUCUGGUAUUUUUUUACUGAUGAGAUAUUUUCAAGCACUCAAGCAAUCAGAACACUUUAUGCCACUGUGAACUGUACAAGUAUUUCAAAUAUAUUUAUCCAAUGGAAAAGUUGA